AUGGAUGUGGUUGCCGUUACCGGAUCCAGCGGCUUGGUUGGUAGAUACGUGGUUGAGCGCCUUAUAAAGUGCGGUCGAUAUAAGGAGAUUCGCUUGAUUGACAGGAUCCAGCGUUCUUGUGCAGCAACGUUGUCAACACCUCGUCCUGUAUAUCGGCAAAUGAACGUGAUUACAGCAAUUGACGCUCCUAUCUCAUACGAGAACCACGUUCUGGCAGUCUUGACUUUACGCCAUUACUCAUCGACGUCAAACUGCCGAGCGCACGAAGGCGCACUGGAACAAGCACUUCAUGGAUGUAAUGCGGUAGUUCACUGCUCUCAUGCUCCACUUCCAUGGACAUACUCGGACAAGAAAACAAGCGAAGCCAUAUGGAGGGACAAUCUCUCUGCAACCGAGAUGCUGGUGGACAAAAUGAUUCAGAUGGGUGUGAAGAAUCUGGUUUAUGUUGGUGACGCUUACUCAGCAUUACCAAUCGAGGAUAAUUAUGGCCUCGGAGAAAUGGUUUUCAAUACUUAUCCUGCGGAUUAUAUCCUUGGUGAAUAUGGCGAGUCACGAACGAGGGGAGAAAUGUAUGCACGGAAAGCUACAGCCAAUGGUUCGUCGUUGAAGGGAGUGUUUCUUCGACCAGUUCAUGUGCAUGCCGAAGAAGCGUCGUCUUCAUGGCGUUCUCUGAUGAAAAUGGCCGAGAACGGUAACUUACCGUAUAUAGACGGCGAACGCAGGGGAAUGCAUCAGUUUGUAAGAGAAAUCUUUUUCGCUAGAAUAGCCAGAUCGAUGUAUCUAUGGCCUGUUCAGAUCUAUGCUGGGAAUCUUGCAGCAAUCGUGGAUCGCUGUCUGGGCUUUCUAGCCACCAAUCCGGACCGAGUCAAUACCGAGAUCAUCUACUGUCUUGACGAUACUAACGCAAUACCUAUCAGACAGAAACCUUCCUUCAUCACCCUAUCUUCCCACUCAAACACAGUAUCGUCUAGAGUUAAUAUACUAAAACAUUCAGUGCAAAGAUUUUCACUCUUAUCAAGCCAUUUCACUCAGGUCUCGAAGGAAACGCUUUCAUAUCCCAUGUUCCGUUUUCUUUUUGCGAAGACAAUCGGAUUCAGUGAUAGAAAACAACGACUAUUACUCGACCACCUACCACGAGUAAAUUUCAGUCGAACACAUACUAAAAAAUUGAAAUCAUCCUUUAGCCAGAGGUCCUUGAAAAAAAACGUCGAAAACUCCUGUAACCCU